AGGACUUUGGCAUUUCGGUAUGAAAAAAGCUCAAGGUACAUAUCGUAAACAUCAGUCAUGUCUAACUUUAUCCUGGGUUUGGACGUGGGUACCUCUUCAGUAAAAGCCGUUUUAUUAGACAGAGGAUGUAGAGCUAUAGCUGCCAGUCAGUCUUUACCGACUGUUUCUGAUUUAGCCGACGAUAGCGGGAUAAAGGCGAAAGAGCAGGACACGGGUCGGAUCAUAGACACUCUGGACCGGUGCAUUGGCCUCCUGCCCAGAGACAAACUGCAGCAUGUGUGCUGCAUCGGGCUGACCGGACAGAUGCACGGAGUUUUAUUCUGGAAACCAAAAAGCGGUUGCGUCUGGUCCAAUAGUGAUUCCUUAACAGCCAAAGACACCAGUCAGCUGAUCACCUGGCAAGAUGGACGUUGCAGCAAUGACUUCCUCACCUCUCUUCCCAGACCAGACUCUCAUCUCAGCGUCGCCACGGGGUUUGGCUGUGCAACAAUCUUCUGGUACAUGAAACACAAACCCAAAUUCCUUGAGGACUUUACGGUUGCAGGUACUAUCCAGGACUAUGUGGUGUCCAUGCUGUGCGGUUUGGACAGGUGUGUGAUGACACCUCAGAAUGCAGCCAGCUGGGGCUUCUUCAACACGUCAUCCAAUCAGUGGAACGAAAACAUUCUGAAGGGUGCUGGCUUCCCUUUGCACCUGCUUCCUAAGUGCGUGCCAUCUGGUAGCUUGGCAGGAAAGACCUGCUCUCAGUGGCACGGCAUCCCUGCUGGCACGCCAGUAGGGGCCGCGCUAGGAGACUUCCAGUGCUCCGUCUACUCCUGCAUGAGCGAACGGACAGAUGCAGUCCUUAACAUAAGCACUUCAGCCCAGCUGAGCUACGCCAUGCCAGCUGACUUCAAACCUCCAGAUUCUCUUCAGCCCGCCUCGUCCAUCUCCUACUUCCCUUACUUUGAGUCCACAUACUUGGCUGUUGCAGCAUCGCUCAAUGGCGGGAAUGUGUUGGCAAGUUUUGUGGAGAUGCUGACUUCCUGGAUGAGAGAGCUUGGUGCAGAGCUGAGUGACUCGUGCUUAUACGAAAAGCUGAUUCGUUGUGCCCUGAACCAGGAAACCAGCAACCUUAGGGUGAGUCCUACUAUCUUGGGAGAGAGACAUGACCCUCUCUGCCUGGGCCACGUGACUGGCAUCUCCACCUCCAAUCUCUCCCUGGGUCAUGUGAUCAGGGCUCUCUGCCAUGGAGUCCUGGACAACAUCACCUCGAUGAUGCCCGUAGAGCAUCUGCAGGAGGCGGGGGUCCGCAGGAUUGUGGGCAGUGGGAGCGCGCUCGCUCGGAACGAAGUGCUAAGACAGGAAGUGGAGAAGGCGUUCCCUCUGCAGGUGGUAUACGGACAGAACGCAGACUCUGCUUUGGGCGUGGCAAUGAUUCUCUGUGACCGCCUUUGAAUUGGACUCGCUAUCCAGUAUUGUCUGUUUACAUGACUGAGAAUUUUGCACAUCAACUAAAGCUGACCCUAACAAAUCUUACACAGCUCAUUUUUAUUUUGAAUCUUAAAGAAAAGGCUGUGUUUGACAGGACAGAGAUCCAAUGUUAGCAAUUUUAUAGGACCAAAAGAUAGAAGAUGUUCGUGAAAGCUCAAAGAUUUUACUGUGACUGAACAGCUCUCAUCAAUAUACUGGGCAUUUCUGAUAUUUGGGGUUGGAUUUUGUUACAGUGUAAGUCACAAUCAAAGGACGGCAUCUUUUUCCUAGACCUAGCUGCUCUUCAUUCCUCAGGAAAAAAGUCAGGCCUCUGUCACUUAGCUUUACAGCUGCUUAAUGCAGCACCAGACAGAUGCAUUAAAUGAUAGAGGCAACAAAUUCAAACUUGUUAACUGUAGGUGCCUGAAAUAAAAUAAUGACAUGGAGAGAAAUCACAGUGAGUUGGAAUGCUUUAAAGCUUCUGCAUGAUUUAUGUUCCCUGAGAUGAAGAUGCAAUCAACAUGUCAACACUGAAGCAGAAAACAGCAUGUUGAGGUGCCUUCAUUUUAGGUGUCUGGGACAGAUUCAUUUGUAGUUUCCUGUGGGAUGGGUGUUUCCUUUUCAGCUGCCUGAUUGAAACAGGUCGAAUCUUUGUGCGUUUGUGGGUUAAGUAUUUCAAAACACUGAUUGAUCAGAAUUCAGUCUGAUCAUGAAGCGCAGAUUACCAGGGUGAUCCACGCUUGGUUUAGAAUCAACCAGUGUCAUAAUAGCAGGAAUCCAAUGGAAUCGUUUCAUUUUUAGCACCUUUUUUCAUUCUUGAGAAUGAUGAGAGACUUGAGUGUUUGUUUCAGUGUAGACUCUCACAGUGCCCGUCAACUCCCACUGAGCCUUAUUUUUCUUUUUUAAUCGCACUGUCACAGCUUGGCUCACAGGCUCAAAACGGAGGUAGUAACUAGUAAUGAAUCUUUUAACUAAUUGGGCCCAAGUGUAGCUCAUGCAGCCAGUUACUUCUACAAGUAACAGCACUAUAACCACAGCAGAGACACCUAGUGGCUGGGGGUUGUCACACUCUUCCUGAACACCAGCUGAAUCCAAAUCAUUGCUUUCCCCCCCAUUUACACUACUGCAUAUAAAAUAGUUUUACUCAGUUACAAUGUCUCAUUUUCAACCACACACUGUUGUAUCAUGUUCACCAAGUUUACUGCAACAGCCUCCCCAGUCAGUGCUAACUCCACUCUCUAACUCAGGAAACCUGGUGCUUGGAAUAGGCACUUGAAGAGUAGGCUGGAAAAAAUGAAGGAGCUGGAAAGCUACCAGAAAACUGAGUAUAGUCUCAAGAAUAAGUUGCUCUUGACAAAGCACCACAAAACAUCAAAUCCCUGGGUGCUGGUUUAUCUCAGUUGGAUGAGCAGGCAACCAUAUGGCGCGUGGCUGAGAGUGGCCUGCCCAGGUUCGAAUUUGACCUGCAGCUCUUUGCCACAUUUCUCUCUCUCUUUUUCCCAUCAAUCUUCACUGCAUCUGUCUAAUAAAGCAAAAAAAAAAAUGUAUAUACAUAUAUAUACAAAAACCCCAUAAGAUCCCUGAUGUGAUGGAUGUCUGAGCCAUAUGAUUGCAAAAACAAAAAAGCCAGUGCAUUUGGACAACAGAAUGAGUGCAGGAAAUCGAAUGAGUGAUAAAGACUGAUGUGUCACUUGCUCUGUUAGGGGAACUUGCUAGGAACUGUUCAGUACAUCAAGUUUACUGACAAACUGAGCUGAAC